CGUUCUGAAUUUGUUGUGUGUAUUAAGAGUCGUGAUCUUGUUUUAGGCUACCCUGAACCCAGAUACCAGUGGCUGAAGGAUGGAGUCGCUUUAGGGGAAUUUUCUUCUGAACAUUUCUAUAGAAUUCACACGACACAGCGUGGGGAUACCGGCAGUUACCAGUGUGUCGCCCGAAAUGAUGUAGGAUCCAUCUUUAGUAAAAAGAUUGCAGUGUCUGUCGCAUAUAUGGGAACAUUUGAAGAUGCGACUGAACGAAAAGUCAGCGUGACGUCAGGGCAGGCAGCAGUGUUGGAUCUGCCGGUUAUCGAAAGCCAUCCUGCGCCUUUAGUGACUUGGUUGACGGACGGAGGGACGCAGUUAUACGGUCGCAAAUAUGCCGUCACGGCAGAUAAUCAGCUUGUUAUUCUGGAUGCGAGCGAUUCUGACCAAAAAGCAUACAGGGCACAAGCAGUUAACCCGCACAUUGGAAGAGAAGAGUACAGCGCUUUCAUAAGACUGACUGUGACGGGAGAUGGGCCGGCAGAAAUUGCACCUGAGAUCGUCGUGAAACCGAAAGACAUGCACAUCGUAAAAGGAGAAGCUGCUGUUGAUUUGCAGUGCUUAGCUAAUGCCAGGCCACUUCAUGAACUGGAGAUGCUCUGGCUAAAGGAUGGCAUUUUGGUAGAAAAUUCUGGCAUUCCGUAUGUCUUUAAGGAUCCGUGGAACAGGACAUUAUCACUAGUCGGUGCUAAACUGACCCAUACGGGCCAGUAUACUUGCCAGGUGCGACUACGCAGCGGCGGAUUCCCGACUGUAUCAGCGAGUGCAACUGUCACUGUUUCAGAGAAACCUUCAUUUGCAAGCAGUACGAGGCCUGAAACUUUGGGUGAAUACGGGACCGUAGUGACCCUGCCUUGUGAGGCUGUGGGUGUUCCGAGUCCCAACAUCGUGUGGUUCCGCAAUACGGAGAGAGUUGAGACUAUUCCUGGCAACAGAUAUUCGGUUGUUGAAGAUGGUUCGCUGGUUAUUAAGAAGCUGAGGAUGGAAGAUUCAGGAAUGUUUCAGUGUCUCGCAGCUAAUGAGGCAGGCGAAGAUUCGAUCUACACAUGGCUAAAAGUUAAAACUGCUGUUCCGAUAAUGGAAACACCCCCACAAAAUGUGACGGUGCUGGACGGGAAGGAUGCGACCAUAAGUUGUCGAGCUGCCGGGGCACCUACUCCCAAUAUCACUUGGAUUUAUCAAGAUAACAAAGCAGUCGAGGCAUCAGGGCGUCUGCAGGUGCUGGAUCCAGGUGAUCUUCUGAUUGCCGCAGUGAAGGAGAGUGAUGCCGGUCUCUACACAUGUGUUCGCGCUAAUGAGGCGGGUGACGUGCAUGCCUCAGCAUACUUGACGGUCUUAGUGAGAACGCAUAUCAUCCAACCACCUGUUGAUACUCGAGUUUUGUUGGGUCACACAGCAACAUUACAGUGUAAAGUAUCAAAUGAUCCGACUGUUCCAUUUGACAUCACUUGGUAUCAUAACAAUGAGGCACUGAAUACUGGAAACAGUCACCGUAUCUCCAUCCAGAGCGACGGGACGUUAGAGAUUCAGGCCGUGCGUGCGGCUGACGUCGGAGACUACUCCUGUGCUGUCGCGUCCGCCGGUGGAAAUGAGACUCGUUCGGCCAGGCUUAGUGUUAUCGAGCUUCCAUUUUCCCCAGUGAAUGUACAUGCUACCCGUUUGGAAUCUGUGUCUCAUAGGACUGUGAAUGUGAGCUGGACACCAGGUUUUGACGGCAAUAGUCCAACUCUAAAGUUCAUUGUGCAGCGCCGAGAGGUGUCUGACCUAGGCCCUAUUGCCGAUCCUCUUCCUAACUGGGUGACUGAAUUGAGCAAUGUGUCUGCUCAACAGCGCUCGGUACUGCUGACCAGUCUGAAGGCAGCUACGUCUUACCAGUUCCGCGUGAGCGCUGUCAACAGCGUUGGCGAAGGCUCGCCGUCAGAACCGAGUAAUGCCGUCACCUUGCCGCAAGAAGCUCCAUCUGGUCCUCCAGUGGGAUUUGUUGGGUCGGCAAGAUCACCGUCUGAAAUCAUCACUCAGUGGCAGCCCCCACUGGAAGAACACAGGAAUGGUCAGAUCUUGGGAUAUGUCAUACGUUACCGUCUCUAUGGAUACAUGGAGAGUCCCUGGACAAGCAGAAAUAUUACGAAUGAGGCGCAGAGGAACUACUUAAUUAAAGAACUGAUCACGUGGAAAGACUACGAGGUUCAGAUUGCUGCAUAUAAUAAAAUGGGCGUUGGAGUCUUCAGUGACGGAGUGAAGAUCAAAACUAGGGAAGGAGUUCCUGAGGCUCCGCCAGUAAAUCUUCGCGCAGAACCACUGAAUUCCACAGCAGUGAAAGUCUGGUGGAAACCGCCAGAUCCUCAGAAGAUUAAUGGAAUCAACCAAGGAUACAAAUUACAAGCUUGGAAAGAUGAUCCAGUGGCCGCAGAGAGAGAGGCACGAUCCAUGACGGUGCCCCCUAGUCUCCUAGACCCAUUAGCGGAGCAGAGUGCGGUUAUGGUUGACCUUGAGAAGUUUACUGAUUACAAUAUCACUGUCCUGUGCUUCACUGAUCCUGGCGAUGGCAUACGAAGUCAGCCCGUUGAAGUGAGAACCAAUGAGGAUGUCCCAGGCAAAGUUGGUAGUCUUCAGUUUGAUGAUAUCAGCGAUCGUGCAGUAAAAGUGAUAUGGAGUGAACCGAAACAGAUCAAUGGUAUUCUGUUGGGCUACCAGCUAACUUACAUGGUGAAAGAUCAGCCAGAAACACUUAGAGAAGAGAAUUUUACGUCUGAGACCCUGAGCGUCAUGGUUAAUUAUCUGCAGGCAACGACGCAUUACCGGUUUGAGGUCAGCGCUCGAACUGCUGUGGGAUUGGGCCCGGCACGUGUAGCCACCAUACAGUCAGGCAUUGAGCCAGUUCUGCCAAAGCCACCUACUGGCUUAGCUGUAACUAAUAUUGAAGCGUUUUCUGUCGUUCUGCAAUUCACACCUGGCUUUGAUGGGAAUUCGUCCAUUACUAAGUGGAUAGUUGAGGCGCGGACUGCAAGAAAUGCGACCUGGGUCCCAGUGUUUGAGGUGUUGGACCCAGAUGCCACAACUCUGACUGUCACUGGAUUAGUCCCAUUUAUGCUGUACAAGCUACGGAUAAUUUCCAACAACGUGGUCGGAGCCUCUUCCCCUUCAGAGCCCACCAAGGAGUUUCAGACCAUCCAGGCACCUCCAGCCCAUCCCCCAUAUAACGUUACAGUCCGUGCAAUGAGUGCCACUGAACUUCGCGUGAGAUGGAUUCCAUUGCAGCAAGUGGAGUGGUUUGGGAACCCUCGAGGGUACAACAUCUCGUACCGAGAAGCAGGCGGUUUAGUAAGUGGUGGAAGGUGGCGCAGCGUGACUAUAGAUGACCAUACGGCUAAUUCUCACAUCUUGGAGAAUCUGGAAGAAUUUACCCAGUAUGAGAUUAUUACACAGGCAUAUAAUGAUGUGGGCAGCUCAAAGUCAAGUCCUGUAGCUCUGGAACGCACACGUGAAUUCGUUCCAUCAUUUGGACCAAUGGGUGUAGAAGCAAAUGCAACUUCUUCUACAACAAUUGUAGUGAAAUGGGGUGAUGUGCCUAGGGAACAUCAGAAUGGGCAGAUUGAAGGGUUCAAAGUCUAUUAUGGAUCUAAUCUAAGGUUGCCCUUCCAGUACAAAGACAUUCCGAAUAAUGCAACGCAGACCACGACGCUUACUGAACUGCGGAAAUACGUGCAAUAUCACAUCCAGGUUUUGGCUUACACUCGUUUGGGAGAUGGUGCCCUUAGCACUCCCCCUGUUCGUGUUCAGACCUUUGAAGAUGCUCCUGGAGCUCCUUCAAAUGUAUCAUUUCCAGAUGUAUCGUUUACAACUGCUCGCAUUAUAUGGGACGUCCCAGAUGAACCAAAUGGAGAAAUUUUAGCGUAUCGUGUGACCUAUCACUUACGUAUGCACAGUAAUCUCAACUUUUCUCGUGAGUUUCCACCCUCAGACAGAACAUACAGGGCAACGGAACUAUCGUCGGAGCAAUACUACAUGUUCUCUGUCACAGCUCAGACCCGCUUAGGAUGGGGGAAGACAGCCAGAGCACUUGUGUUUACUACAAAUAAUCGUGAACGACCACAACCUCCGUCUGUGCCACAGAUUAGUCCGAGCCAAGUUCAGAGUGAACAGAUUACAUUCAGUUGGACACCAGGUCGUGAUGGCUUCUCACCUCUCAGGUACUACACUGUCCAAUACGCAGAAAGUUCUGGUCCCUGGCAGACAGUUCCAGAGCGAGUCGACCCUCAGGUCAUGUCAUACACAGUGGCAAGCCUCAAGCCAUUUACUUCUUAUCGGUUUAGGAUCCAGGCUACCAAUGACAUUGGUCCCAGUGGAUGGAGUUUAGAGUCGGGUGUUGCACGAACACUUCCUGCAGCUCCGAGCAGAGGCGUGACUGGCCUCAAGGUGGUGCCAAUCACAACAACCAGUGUGAGGGUAGAGUGGGAUGCCGUAGAGAAGAUUUACUGGAGUGGUGACCACGAGACAGGAGGAUAUCGGGUUGAAUAUCGCUCUGAAAAGUUCCCUACAGCAGUUCAAUCUACACCCAAAGAGGAUGUGAUGGGUACUGAGGCCAACCAGGUUGUGUUGAAGGACCUGACUCGCAACUGUAACUACGACAUUGUGGUUGUCCCAUUCAACUCUCAAGGUUCUGGACCAUCUAGCCCUCCUGCAGCAGUGUACGUGGGUGAAGCUGUGCCAACAGGAGAACCACGAGCGGUAGAAGGGGAAGCCGUUUCGUCCACAGAGGUGAGGCUGCAUUGGAAGCCUCCACAGCAGAGCCAGCAGAAUGGCGACCUCUUGGGUUACAAGAUCUUUUACCUCGUUACAUACUCACCCCUGGAUGAGGAAGAUACUCAUCUUGAAGAAGAGCUGGAAGUGGUUCCAGCCUCUUAUAAUUCACACAACCUGGUGUUCCUGGAUAAAUUCACUGAAUAUCAUAUCCAGAUACUGGCGUUUAACCCGGCAGGUGAUGGCCCCAGGUCUACGCCCAUAACAAUCAAGACUUUACAGGGCUUACCUGGUCCUCCGAGUAAUCUGAGGUUUUCUGACAUCACAAUGAGCGGUCUGAUUGUGUCUUGGGAUCGACCUAAGAAACCAAAUGGAGAAAUAGUCGGCUACAUCGUUAGUUACGAAACAGCCAAACAAAAUGAACGUUUUAGCAAACAGGUGAAACAAAAAGUGACUGGUACUAGUCUGCUUGUACAGACUCUUGAAGAGGAAGUGACGUACACAUUCUCUGUGCGUGCAUUAACGAUCGAUUAUGGGCCAGCAGUUACUGAAAAUGUGACGACAGGCCCACAGGACGGUUCUCCCGCAAAACCGAAAGAUCUUGCGAUGAGCAAGUCUGUGUCCAGCGUUGACAUGCGCUGGAAAAAUGGUCCUUCCGGAAAAGGGGCUAUUCUUGGUUAUUACAUCCAGAGUAAAAGAAAAGAUGACACUAGAUGGCAGAUAGUGACACGAACCAACAACGGUCUCUUGGAGGAGUUCACUGUGUCGUACCAGAACCUCCUACCAUCUACGUCUUACACUUUCCGUGUUAUUGCGUACAACAAAUAUGGUAUCAGCUAUCCAGCAUAUUCUGAUGAUGCGGUUCUUACACCAUCCAAGCUGUAUCUAGAGUAUGGUUACCUUCAACAGAAGCCAUUUUACCGUCAGACAUGGUUUAUGGUAGCAUUAGCAGCUGGAUCAAUCAUUAUAAUCAUCAUGAUUAUUGCUGUUUUGUGUGUAAAGAGCAAAAGCUAUAAAUAUAAACAAGAAGCACAGAAGACAUUAGAGGAGUCAAUGGCGAUGGAUAUUGAUGACAGACAGGAGCUGGCACUGGAGUUGUACCGUUCUCGUAGGGCAGGAGCCCCGGUUAUGAAUGCGGGGGGCUGUGGAACGUUAGGGAAGCGCAGCACUCUGGGGCGCAAAUCUUUGGGUCACCACCAGCCGCCAGGUCCUCCUAUGCUUGGCAAAUCACCCCCACGCCCUUCUCCAGCCUCUGUUGCAUACCAUAGUGAUGAGGAGAGUCUGAAGGGUUAUGAUGAGAAUCCUGAUGAUAGUAGCGUCACUGAGAAGCCUUCAGAGAUUAGCUCAACAGACUCUCAGGGUUCAGAAAGUGAGAAUGAAAGUGAACGUUCAGAUCCUCAUUCAUUUGUAAAUCAUUACGCCAAUGUCAAUGAUUCAUUACGGCAGUCAUGGAAACGUCAGAAGCCUGUGCGCAAUUAUUCAAGUUAUACAGACUCAGAGCCAGAGGGCAGUGCUGUGAUGAGUCUCAACGGAGGGCAGAUCAUUAUGAAUAACAUGGCAAGAUCACGAGCUCCUCUUCCAGGUUUCUCUUCAUUUGUAUGAUAGUGCCGUGGUCACAGUUCGGCUGUAAAGGAGCCCGAUGUUUUCUAUGGCUACAGCGUCUAUAAGACUGAGAUGGCAGACUGUGAGAGAGAAGUGACAGAUGUUUGGAAGAAUAUUGUGAUAAAAAGAAUGUCAAACUCUCAAAUUCCAUCCACUACACAAUUCUGUUUCAGAUUCCUAUAAACAUUAGGUGACAGGACACCUAAGUAUUAUUUUUAUAGUCACCAAAACUAAGUAACACAUACUUAGAUCAGAGCCAAUGAGGAUCAAAAUGUGAGCCAGAGUAGACGUUUGCCAUAACUAUGUUCUACUGUCGCUCGCCAGUCUGUGAUACUUAAAAUAGAUACGUGUUUUUAAGAUGCCUCUAAUUUUGACGACGGUAUCCUUCUGGGACGUUGUGCUGUAUAGUCGGGUAUAAGUUUACUGACGUUUCAGAGGUCCUUGCUGCCUCCAUCAUCAGGGCGAUGAUCAAAUUCUACCAGACAACACAAUGCAACAUCCCAGAAGACAGCUGUCUUCACACUUGUCAUUGUGAGAACCUGAAAUCUCACCAUGCCUGUAUUUUUGUAUAGUGUGUCUGUUGUAGGUAGAUUUCCAUUAUGUACGUCAUUUUAGGUAAUCGACUGUGUGGAGGGGCUCAGGGGAUGUCUGCUUCUUGCCAUAUUUAUAGCCACGUGAGUCAGAUAAUAAGAACUUCAUCCCCUGAAUCACCAGCUGUAAUUGGAGGCUUCAGUGCAUCCGGGUUUGGUGUUCUACCAACGACAGGGAACUUAUUCCAUUUAAUUAUUUUAUAUAUGUGAAACAUUGCACAAAAAUGUUCAUUACAUAGACAACGUUAAGUAUGAGCAAGAUCAUUAUUAUACUGACUGACUGCAUAUGUUAUUAUUAUCUUGGCUGUCUUCUGGGUGUAGCUUUGUGUAGUCUGGUAUAGGUUUACCAAGGUUAUCAUCGUUUCAGAGGCCUUUGCUGCCUCCAUCAUCAGACUGAUGACGGAGACAGCAAAGACAUUCGAAGCAGUAAACGUCUACCAGACUCCAGAGUGUUGUAACCUAGAAGACAGCCAUCUUUGUGGUCACCACGAGAACCACAAAUUCUACUUAUGUUGUUUUUGUCCAUCUUACACAACAGAUUAUUACUUAAUGUCUGACUGAUUGUAUAUUUUUGUAUCUUUAGCAAGAAGUUGAAAGAUGACAUUGAAUAUGUCAAGUGUAUUUCAUUAUGCUUGUACUGAAGUGGACUGUUCUAUAUAUAACUGUAUUUUAAGUUAAAGGUUAGAAUACGUGACACUGUAUAUAUCAUGUCGUAAUUCACAGUCACUUCUUACUUCAUUAGCGUAAUUGAGAAAUAUGUAUAAGUAAGAGUGAUCAGAUUGUAAUUUAUAAAAAUCCAUCAUUUGAAGUGACAGUGUGCAAAACUGUGCAGCCUAUUUCUUGAAGUAAUGUUUAUGUUGCCAUAAAUGUUGUGUUUGAAAUAUUGAAGUUGGUGUCUGUGUCUUGUACACAAUUUGUAUCUUUAUGGAUAAACAAACAGCAUCACAUUAUGAACAGGUAAUUUUCAACUUUUCAUCAGUUAUGUUGCUCAGAGUUGUGAGGGAAAUUUGUUGUUAUGAUGACUGUGCCUUAGACAUGCAUAAUCUUUACAUUUGCAUAAAUACACAGUAUUUAAACUCGUACCACUGAUAAUAACCUUUCUUUCAAGUACCAUCAUGAGGUCUUGGUUUCAUUGUUACUGCAAGUCAUUUGAAUCUUUUAAUAUACUUUUAAAUUAUUUUGAGUAAAAUGUGGCAAAAUUCCUGGUUUGUUACAAUAUCUGGACCUAUAAUUAAUUUAAUUUUGCUUGGCUCCGUGCUAUGUUUAUGGAAAUGUGCAGAUUCUGUAAAAAUUUAUUUAUUAAUGGUCACAAGCAGAAACAUUCUUUGGAAUGGAUCUGUAUCAUGUAAUUUGUACUGUUUUAAAACCACUGCCAUUUAAAGUAAUAAUUAUAUAUACUUUAAAGUAUUCUGAUCAUGUGCAAUGCAGUUAAAAGUAAUUACUCUCUGAAGUUUAAAUAGUAAACUGAUCUGGAGAUAUUA